CAGAGGCAACUUGAGAUACCCGAGGGAAAAAAUAUAAGUCGCUGGAACUGACUAUUCAAGUGCCAAGCCUCAGACAUGGGGUGGACAUUUUUUCUUCUAGGAAGAAGCUACAUGCAAACCUGGCAACCUGAAGCCAGGCUACUUAAAAGUACAUUGUGUCGCACUUGUAUGAGGCAAUUUUCAUCAAGUUCUGUGGUACAAAACUGCCCGCCUUCUGAGAAACGAACCUCGGUCAGAAUAGGAUGUGCGUCCGGAUUUUGGGGUGAUACUGCAGCUUCAGUUCCACAGCUUCUUUAUGGAGGAAAAUUAGAUUUCCUGGUAUUUGACUACCUCUCUGAAAUUACUAUGUCUUUACUGACUGCUGCAAAAGCAAAGUCACCUAAUUUAGGAUUCACUCCAGACUUUGUGCAUACAGCUAUGGCACCAUAUCUGACUGAUAUUUAUAAAUCAGGUAUUCGUGUGGUGAGUAAUGCGGGAGGAACCAACCCCCUGGCCUGCAGUGCUGCUUUGCAAGAAAUUGUAAAAAAAUUGGGUCUUGAUAUGAAAAUUGCUGUGGUUACUGGUGAUGACUUAAUAAAGCAGAAAGACGCCUUCAAGACAGGGGGAAUCACUGAAAUGGAUAGUGGGAAGCCGUUCCCAGAACAUAUUCAGAGUGUGAAUGCUUAUCUGGGAGCAAGACCAAUUAGCAGGGCUCUGGAUCUUGGAGCAGACAUUGUUAUUACUGGAAGAUGUGUGGACAGCAGCCUCGUCUUGGGACCACUAAUACACACUUUUGGAUGGAAGAGAAAUGAAUUUGACUUACUCGCAUCUGGCAGUCUAGCUGGUCAUCUAAUAGAAUGUGGUGCCCAGUGCACUGGAGGAAUAUACACAGACUGGCAUCUGGUACCAGACUGGCACAAUAUAGGAUUUCCAAUAGCUGAAUGCACCUCAGAUGGGAAUUUCACCAUAUCAAAGCCAAGAGAAAGUGGAGGUCUUGUCUCCUUUGGCACGGUUGCAGAACAAUUAGUUUAUGAAAUUGGUGAUCCUGGACACUACAUUCUGCCAGAUGUUUCUUGUGAUUUUUCCAAUAUUACUAUUACUGAAGUUCAAGAUGAGGAGGCCGUCACUGUCAAUGGAGCAAGAGGAGUCCCACCAUCUUCAUUAUAUAAGGUGUGUGCCACAUAUCUGGAUGGAUUCAGAGCCACAGCUGUAUGUACUGUAGUAGGACCACGAGCAGCAGAAAAAGGAAGGCGUACAGCAGAAAGCAUUUUGAGAAGAACUCGAGAUAUGUUCACUCAUCUUGGCUUGGAGGAUUACAGCGCAGUACAUCUUCAAAUAAUCGGUGCUGAAGAUUCAUAUGGACCACAUGCUAGAGGAAAAGAUCUUGCUCGUGAGGCUGUCGUUUGGCUCGGUGUUCACCACAAGCAGAAAAAAGCACUGGAAAUCUUUGCAAGGGAGAUUGCACCUGCUGGCACUGGAAUGGGUAAAUGUGUUUAUGUACUUUCCAUGGAGAACAAUUAA